AUCGGUUCUUCCGGUACGGGUGCAACACAGUGUCAUUUGACUUCCUUCAAUAGCUCUGAAUGUGGGGACGGAACACCAGCUGAAGAAGUGUUCCAAUGAAGCCAUAUGAGAAGCAGGAGGAGGAGAAAGGGUGUGUGCAGUGUGUGAGCGAGCCAACUCUGUCACACACUGGAGCCUGAACAUCAGGUGCAAAGGACAGAGGGACUCAGAUAGGACUACUAACAUUUUCUUAAUGUGAAACAUACAAAUAUAUCAACCUGCAUCUUUCCAUAAUACGAUUAGGCAUGGCUGAAACAGACACGUUUCGAAAAGAUGCAACAGACUGCCAACAAUAUAUUUGUUUAAGGGAUCUCAAAAAUGAGGCUGACAAAGAUAAAAAGACAAAAGACCAAACACCAACAGUCCCCAAAGUUGGCCCUAUUGAAGUGUUCAGGUUUGCAGACGGCAGAGACAUUGUACUAAUAGUCUUUGGGACCUUAAUGUCGGUGGUCCAUGGAUCAGCCAUGCCUUUUAUGUGUGUUGUGUUUGGAGAAAUGACGGAUACCUUCAUACAUCUCUCUGUAAAUCAAAACAACACCAGCGACCACAAUUCCACCGCCAUGAUUUUUAACGCAACCUUUCAGGAGGCGAUGGCCAUCUACGCUGUCUAUUUCUCCAUCAUAGGGGCCUUUGUGCUGGUGACUGCGUACAUGCAAGUUGCCUUCUUUACAAUAUCAGCUGCAUGGCAGGUCCAACGCAUUCGCAAGCGUUUUUUCCACAGCGUCAUGCGACAGGACAUUGGCUGGUUUGAUGUCAACGACACAGAAGAGCUCAACACUCGUCUCACACAAGAUGUCUACAAGAUCCAAGAAGGUAUUGGAGACAAAGUGGGGAUGUUGCUCCAAUCCAUUUCCACCUUCAUCCUUUCCUUUGUUGUUGGCAUAAGCAAAGGAUGGAAGCUCACUCUGGUCAUCCUGGCUGUCUGCCCAAUGAUAGGUCUUGCAGCUGCACUUUUCAGUGGGAUGCUGACAUCAUUCACAUCUAAAGAACAGGCUGCCUAUGCAAAAGCAGGGGCCGUGGCACAGGAGGUACUUUCUUCGAUCAGAACUGUGUUUGCCUUCAAUGGUCAACAGAAAGAGAUUGACAGGUAUCAAAAGCACUUGGAGUUUGCUAAGAAAAUGGGAUUAAAGGCAACGUUGAGUGCUAAUGUUAUCAUGGGGUUCACUUAUUUGAUGUACUUCUUGGCUUUUGCUCCAGCCUUCUGGUAUGGGAGCACACUCAUUCUGAGUAAUGAGUACACUGUGGGAACUGUCCUCGCAGUUUUAUUCUCUUUGCUUCUUGGAGCGUUUGCAUUGGGUCAGACGUCACCUAACAUCCAAUCUUUUGCCGGUGCUCGAGGAUCUGCAUACAAGGUGUACAACAUCAUUGACAAUAAACCAAGCAUCGACAGCUAUUCAGAGCACGGCUACAAACCUGACCGUAUCAAUGGAAUCAUUGAGUUCAGGAACAUCCACUUUAACUACCCCUCGAGGCCAGAAAUCAAAGUAUUAAAAAACUUAUCCCUGACUGUGAAGAGUGGACAGACCAUUGCCUUAGUAGGAAGAAGUGGCUGUGGAAAAAGCACCACAAUCCAGCUGUUGCAAAGGUUCUACGAUAUUCAAGAAGGGUCUAUAUAUUUUGAUGGCCAUGACAUCCGUUCUCUCAAUGUCCGCUACCUGCGAGAGAAGAUUGGAGUGGUGAGUCAAGAGCCCGUUCUUUUUGCCACCACCAUCGCAGAGAACAUUCGAUAUGGACGAACCGACGUGACGCAGCAGGAGAUAGAGCAAGCUGCCAAGGAGGCCAACACUUACGACUUCAUAAUGAACCUUCCUGAUAAGUUUGAGACACUGGUUGGGGAUCGAGGGACUCAGAUGAGUGGAGGACAGAAGCAAAGAAUCGCAAUUGCUCGAGUUCUUGUCCGUAACCCCAAAAUCCUUCUGCUGGAUGAAGCAACAUCUGCUCUUGAUGCUGAGAGUGAAACUGUGGUACAAUCUGCACUGGACAAGGUCAGACAGGGUCGGACCACCAUAAUUGUGGCCCAUCGCCUCUCAACUAUCAGAAACGUUGAUAUCAUUGCUGGCAUACAAAAUGGAGAGGUUGUUGAGUUGGGGACUCAUAGUCAGCUGAUGGAAAAACAGGGUGUCUAUCACACUCUAGUCACUAUGCAGACUUUUCAAAAAUCAGAGGAGCAAGAAGAGUCUCAGCAGUAUGAAAAGACACCACUGUCCAUAACUUUCUCAGAAUCUUCUUUGCAAAAAAGGACGUUUUCCUUUGCUUCUUCAGAUUCUUCAGAGGGGAAAAAAGAAGAGAAAGAAACGUUGUUACAUGCUACAGAAAAGACAGUGGAUGUAGAAUUGGAUGAAAAUGUUCCACUUGUGUCAUUCCUCAAAGUGAUGCGUUUCAACCUUCCUGAAUGGCCUUACUUUUUGUUUGGAAUCAUCUGUGCUGCACUCAAUGGAAUAAUGCAGCCUAUGUUUGAUGUCAUCGUCACCAAGUUUAUUGUUGUGUUUUCAGGACCUGAUCAAGAGGAGAUCAGAAAAAACUCUAUGUUGAUUUCCCUGAUGUUUGCUGUUAUUGGAGUUGCAACUUUUUUCACCGUAUUUCUUCAGGGUUUCUGUUUCGGCACAGCUGGAGAGAUCCUGACUAUGAAACUGAGAGAUGCAUCAUUCAAGGCCAUGUUGAGCCAGGACCUUGGCUGGUUUGAUAACCCCAAAAACAGUGUUGGUGCUCUCUUAACAAGGCUGGCCUCUGAUGCUGCUCAAGUACAAGGGGUUACGGGAUUACGUUUGGCCGCACUCGUCCAAAAUAUUGCUAACCUGACAACCUGUCUGAUUAUUUCCUUUUUGUAUGGCUGGGAGCUAAGUCUGCUCUUACUAGCGAUAGUUCCGGUCAUGAUAGCGGGUGGAAGUUUGCAGGUGCACUUGAUAGCUGGGCACACUGGCGAGGACAUGAAGGAGCUGGAGAUGGCUGGCAAGAUUUUCACAGAAGCCACUGACAAUAUCCGUACUGUUGCAUCUCUGACCAGAGAGCCAUUGUUUGAGUUUUUGUACCACAAUAACCUCAGAGUUCCAUUCAGGAACUCCCACAAAAAAGCCCAUGUGCAGGGUGUAGCCUUCAGCAUAUCCCAAGCCAUGCUAUACUUUGCUUAUGCUGGAUAUUUCUACUUUGGAGCUUGGCUUAUUGACGAAGGACGAAUGGAUUUUGAGGGCGUUUUCUUAAUUGUGACGGUGCUUUUGAAUGGUGCUAUAUGUGUUGGAGAGACCAAUGCUUUCACUCCUAACUAUGCCAAAGCCAAAAUAUCAGCCGCUCGCAUUAUGGUGCUUCUGAAAAGACAGACAGCUAUUAAUAAUCUCUCAGAAGAAGGACAGACACUGGAUCAAUUUGAUGGCAAUGUGCAAUUUGAGGGUGUCAAGUUUAAUUACCCCUCACGCCCUAAUGUGACUGUCCUACAAGGGCUGAAUCUGAAGGUGUGCAAGGGAGAGACAUUGGCACUAGUAGGAAGCAGUGGCUGUGGAAAAAGCACAACCAUCCAACUUCUGGAGAGAUUCUAUGACACCACGCAUGGAACAGUGAUGCUUGAUUCCAAGAGUGUAAAAGAGCUGAACAUCCACUGGCUGAGGUCUCAGAUAGGUAUUGUGUCCCAGGAGCCUGUGCUGUUUGACUGUAGCUUGGCUGAAAACAUCGCCUAUGGAGACAACAGUCGCACUGUAACUAUGGAGGAGAUUAAGGCAGCUGCUGAGGCAGCCAACAUUCACAGCUUCAUUGAAAACCUGCCAAAUAAGUAUGACACUCAGGCAGGCGACAAGGGGACCCAGCUGUCAGGUGGUCAGAAACAACGAAUAGCCAUAGCCCGAGCCAUCCUCCGUAACCCCAAAAUGUUGCUUCUGGAUGAAGCCACGUCUGCACUCGACACUGAGAGCGAGAAGGUGGUGCAGGAAGCAUUGGACAAAGCAAGGCAGGGCAGGACAUGUAUCGUUAUAGCCCACCGUCUGUCCACCAUCCAAAACGCAGACCGCAUUGCUGUCAUUAAGAACGGUUUGGUGGUAGAACAAGGAACACAUCAACAACUGUUAGCCAAAAAGGGAGUCUAUCACAUGCUGAUCUCGACCCAAAUGGGUCAUGAACGGGAAGACACAUAUUGAUUCAAAUUAUUUUAAGAGGUCUAAAAAGACAGACUGAGGCUUCUAAUUUCAGUUAAAUAGUUGGCUGUGUUAUGAGUACGUUUUGUCCAUUAGUCAGUCCCUUCAGGAUUUCGCAAUGUUGCGAUUCAGGCAAAUUCAACCAAUCCCGGCGAAUAAUGCAUGGCUUCGCAACUUUGUCCAAUCCCGUGAUUUUCCCCCAUAUUUUUGCCAAUAAGCCUUGGCCGAUAGUCAAUAAGUCAAUAAUCGAACGCUAACAAGCGGUAAAAUAUGGAUGGAUGGAUGGAUAAAUAAAAAUUAAGUCGAUAAAUUUGCCGGCAAGGAUAAAUUACUAUGUCCAUGUGUGUUUGUUUUCUUCCUCUCUCACUUGAAAGAGGGAGAAAGAGGUCUCACUAGGCCUGGGCCGAUAACAUAUUUUGCUUGACAAUAUAUUGACCUACAAAUUAUUGCCGAAAAACUAUAUUGCCAUUAUUUUUAUGAGACCAUAUUAACCAUUGAUGUAAUGAUAAUUCAUGAUAAUAUUGUAUGUAUAUCCUUACUAAUGUAAUCAACUUGUAUUUCUCAUUUUUUUAACAUAGUAAUUGGAAUGUAAACUUUUUAAUCUCCAAGUUAAAUAAAACAAAUAUUACCAAUAAAAUAUAUUUUGUCUUUUAGCAAAUUUUGCACUUGAAUACAAAUCACAACUAAAAGCAACAUAUUUUAAAGAGGAGGUGUGGGGCAACUUAAUCAAUAAAUAAAUUGGCAAAAUAAAGUAUUGACAAAGUUGCACUUUAAUAUUGAAUGUAUGAAUGUCUGGGCAGAUGUAAAGUUGUACAUUACUUAACUGACAAUGAAGUUAGGACAUUUUUAAACAAAAAGUGCAGAGUAACAAUUUAAACACUACAUUAUAAGCCGAGCAUCAGCAACCCGCAUCUCUAGAGCCGCCCUAGUGGCUCCCUGGACCUCUUUCAGAGAUGUGGGAAAAUGGAAAAAGAUGAAGAAAAACAUAUAUUUUUGGUUUUAAUAUAUUUUCUGCAGGAGAACAAACAUGGCCCAAACCUUCCUAAUUGUUAGAAAUCCCACUGUUUAUGUUAUACAUGCUUCACUGAUGAGAGUAUUUGGCCAGCACCAUUUUGUCCUACUAAUUUCAGCUAUCCUUGAACUCAUCGUAGUUUGUUUAUAUUAACAACUUUCUCCGAUGUCUCUCAGAAAGACAUGUUUUAUGCCACUCCUUUUUUGUCUCAUUUUGUCCACCAAACGGUUUAUGCUGUGCUUGAAUGCACAAAGGUGAGCUUUGUUGAUUUUAUUGAUUUGCUGGAGUGCUUACCCGCAUACUUGCCAACCCUCCCGGAUUUUUCGGGAGACUCCCAAAAUUCAGCGCCUCUCUCGAAAACCUCCCGGGACAAAUUUUCUCCCGAAAAUCUCCCGAAAUUCAGGCGGAGCUGGAGGCCACGCCCCUUCCAGCUCCAUGCGGACCUGACCUGUUUUAAAGUCCGCUUUCCCACAAUAUAAACAGCGUGCCUGCCCAAUCACGUUAUAACUGAUCGAAGGCGAGUUCUUGGUUUCUUAUGUGGGUUUAUUGUUAGGCAGUUUCAUUAUCGUCCUCUCAGCACGGCAACAACACACAACAACAGCAGUCACGUUUUCGUCUCCCGUAAAGCAGUUCGUCUGCCGUAAACAGCAAUGUUGUGACACUCUUAAACAGGACAAUACUGCCAUCUAUUGUACAUGCAUAUGUGACAAUAACAUCUACGGCUUUUAGAGAGUGCAGUGCACAACUGCGCACACAACAAGGAGACGAAGCAGAAUGCAUCAUCAGAGAGGGUGUUCAGCAUGGUUAGAAAAAUAGUGACAGAAUACAACAAGGAUGGACAAGUCAACCCUUAACUCAACAAUUAGUAGAUGAGUGUUA